UAAAACUUAAAAAAGAGAAACGCAAUAAGAAAAAGAUGCCACCAAAGAAAGGUAAAAAGGGAAAGAAGAAGAAGGAAAUUAUAAAAGAGGAGCCACCGGAGCCGCAAAUUCCACUGUCCGAUAUCUCCAUACACGAACACGAAUUGGACCUGCUUGAGGAUCUCAACGAUGACUACUUUUCGGCCGCCAAUCAGACUAUACAAAAACUUAUGGAAGCCAGUCGCAUUUACGAGGCUUCGAAGAUGAAAAAAUAUGUGGAUGUUAUAUUCAAUUUACAUCGUCGUUACGCGGAUGAAGUGAAGGAGACAUCCGUUUUACGUCCACAAGUGAUACGCGCAGAGAAUAAAUUACGUUUGGCUUUGGAGCUGACGGCCAAUUCUGAGGAGGCUAUGGAGCGGCUAAGAGAAGCGUUAAGCAAAGCUUGGAUGGAGAGUGAUGCUUCGUUACUGCGUGAACAGGACACACAAGAACGUCUGCAGGAGGUUAUGCUGAAAUGCGAGGGGCUUGAAAGUAAGGAAGUUAAGAAACAAGAUGAUACGUCGGAAUUCGGACAUUUAGCAAAAUAUAAAAAUAUAAUUUUGCGUGAACGCGAUCGUCUUAACGGUGAAGUGAUCGAUUUGGAGAAACGUUUGCAAUUUCAGCGAUACUACUCCGAGUCUCUGGAAUAUAUAAAUAAAAACAAUGAAGAAAAUCUUUCAAAAUUAAACGCGCACAUGCGCAUGCUCGAAACGGAGAAGGGUAAUUUCGAAGUAAAAAUACGAAGCUUACAAAAUAAUCUCGACGAUCAAAAGGAGAUCAAUUCAAGAACCGCCUUAAAGAUGGAUGCUAUAAAUAGAGAGUUAACGGAGACACAAAAGAAAUUGGCAAAGAAGAUCGCCGAUUAUGAUCAGCAGAAACAUACAUUGGAGAAAUUGCGUAACGACAAUGCGAUAAAUACACGGCAGCUACUGAAGAAUGAUGAAGAGAUCACUGAAUUACGCAGAGAACAGCGUGAAAAUGAUGAUCUCAUUCGAACUUUGCGUUUGGAGGAUAAAGUAAAGGCCAAUACGAUUGGACAAUUAACCAAGAAAUACAAGAAGACCUUACAAGAUCACAGCUCCAUUUCGUCGAAGCUAUACAAACUGAAUCGGCUAAAUCAUACGCUGGGCGAAGAUAUAACGCGUCUCAAAAACCAAAUCAAUGCGCUGGAAAAGGAUCUACUCAAUUCCACAUACAAAUUCGACGAGCUGCGUCGUGUCAAAGAGAAUUUGCAGCACGAACGUGAAGCUUUACGUAGCGAGAUUGUCAAACUGAACAAUCAAAUUGCUGAUCUCAAACACACGAUUAUGAUGCAGUCGAUAAAUAUCGAUGGUCUUCAGCUGGAUAUAAAUAAGUUGAAUGUGAAACUCGAUGAAGCGCGUAUAAAUGUAUCGAAGUCGGAGAAGGAGCGCGACGAAAUGGCACAAGAGGUUGAGACGCUGCACGAGCGCAUCGAGUAUCAGCAGGAACAAAUUCAGCUUAAGUCCAAUCAGGUUAUGGAUCUGAGCGAAAAAUUACAACAAAAACAUACAUCAUUAAUCAACAUCAAGAAGCAAUUGGAGGCAGCACACUCAGAGAAAAUGGUGCUCCGGCGAAAUUUGGAGACCUGUACUCAAGAGCGAGACAACUUCCGCAUACUGCAAACGAAAACCAAUCAUCAAACCCAACAACUCACCGCCGAAAUUAUGGCAAACCAAAACAAGAUCACGAAUCUGAAUCUACAAAUCGAACGUUUGAAUAACGACAAAAAGGAACUGCAGUCGGAGUUGAAAAAUAAAGAGAACCUCUUGGCGAGUGUGCGUCGCGAUUUACGUGAAAUGAAGACGAAGAAUGAAAAUCUACUCAAGACAAUACACGACGAUGAGUUGAAGUUCAUGAAAAUGUCCACGGAGCUUGACGAAACACGCAAAGAGAAGAAUUUAAUUGGCUUGCAGAUGGUGCGGCGCAAUGAUGAGAUUGUCGUGCUGCGUGAUAAGCUCAGCAACACACAGACAGCUUUGGAUCAAGGUCAAACUCAAUAUAAUCAGCGUGUUGAAGAUAUACGUUUGCUGAAGAUGGAAAUCAGCAAUUUGCAAACGGAGCGUGACUGCUUAACACGCGCUAUAAAGAGUACAGCCGAUAUGCGUGAGGAGAUAAUAAGAUUACAACGUUCUUUGAAUCAGGAGCGUAUUAAAGUGCGUUCACUCACGGAGGAUGCCAAAACGCCGACGGGUGUACAUCGUUGGCGUAUAUUGAAGGGCGAAGAUCCGAAUCGCUAUCAGCUGUUGGAGAAAGUCCAAAUGUUGCAAAGACGCAAUCUAAAGCAAGAAAUACAAAAGGAGAAGUUGGCGCAAGAGCUGGAUGUCUCGCAUCGCGUUUGUGACACGCUGAAACGCGUGGUAGAGAAUCUACCAACAACAGAUGUCAAGCAAAAGCUUGUGGUGACGCAGCGCAUAAAUCGCUCGCAACUCAAGAAAUUGAAAGCUCUCAGCGCCGAGCUGUCGAUCAAUCAAAUUGAGUUGAAAGCACGCGAAUGUAUUAUUGAUGAGUUUAAAGAAACUUUAAAAAGAUCAAAGCAACAACAACAGCAGCAACAACAACGAGUUUGUGAAGCAGAAGAAGAGCCCAUAACACCACCAACCCAAUCGGCUCUUUCAAGCGCUGUAGUACCUUAUGUCUACACAAGCCAGGAGGAUUAUAUGGAUUGCAUAUUUGUGGAGACCAGCGACCCCAGUCAGGAUCUGCAGGAUCUCAAAACCGGUUUGACUGUUUAGAACAGAAAGCAGUCAAUCUUUUUUAUAAAAUUUUUUUUUCCAAAUAUGGAAAUAUUGCAAGUGCUGGGGCUCCUUUCCCUGCCACAUGUCUAAACCAAAAUCUUUAUAAAAAAAAAAUUCUCUAAAAUUUAUUAGCAGGCAGAGAGAGUUUUAUAAAAUGCUUAGUAAAUAUUAUAACUGUCGAUGGUCAUUGGCAGCUCUUUGGAGUCUAUUGAAUAUUCGAAUCUUUACUGAAGACUCGAAAAUUUAUAUCAUUCUUUUCGAAUCUUCGGUAACAGUUCGUUUAAUGCAAUGAUUUUGGAAUGAUUCCUUUUUCAGAAUCACCACAGUACCGUAUUUGAAAUAAAGCACAAACAUAUGCACACUACAACAAAA